CAUUUCGAGACUUCUUCUGUUCUUACUUUUUCAGGUUUCAAGUGUUGUUUGUUGAUUCAAUAACUUAGUAGAAGUGGUGUUCUUCGUUUCUAAAUUUGUUAACUUGCUAAAAAUUUUAUCGAAUUUGCUGAAGAAUCGUGAUGGCGAAUUCGAAAUUUAGUUUGAAAGUUUGGUUCGAUAAGAAGAUCAGUGAACCACUUGUCCAGAUCUUGCGAAGAGGUGCUGAGCCAAAGCAGCUGGCUUUCUCUGCAGCAUUGGGGAUUACCAUGGGAGUAUUUCCAAUCUGUGGUGUUACGGUGUUGUUAUGUGGCCUGGCUAUUGCCUCGCUUGGAUCUCUUUGUCAUGCUCCAACUGUGAUGUUGGCUAAUUUCAUUGCUACUCCAAUAGAACUAAGUCUUGUGGUGCCUUUCUUACGGCUUGGCGAAAAAAUAAUCGGUGGACCUCAUUUUCCUUUAACGUCUGAUGCUCUAAAGAAGGUGUUGACAGGCCAAGCUUCCCGAGAUGUUUUCUUAAGCAUUGGCAAUGCGAUCUUUGACAAUCCUAUAGCUUCACAAGUGGGAUUUUUACUCACCAUGUUGUCAUUUGUUAGUGUUACCAAAUCUAAAGAUAAAAUACUGCUUUCCCUCAUAGCUACUAGGGUGGCUCAUAGCGGCUCCAUUUGUAAUCAUUGCACUAUACAUCGUGUUUCUGCCGUGUUUCAAAGUCCUUGUCCGCAAAUUCAGCUCUGAUGGUCCAACCACAAAGACACCAACAAAAGAAAGGAUCGCCUAAUUCAAACUGUUCUUGAUUUCUACAAAAGCGGAACGUUGGAGAUUCUAUGACCUACUGUUCUGCUAUGCCGAUGUUGAGGUUCGGAGUUUGAGUUAUCUGUAACAAUAAGCCUCUCUGUAAAUUACAGUGUUUGGAACUAUAACUGAAAUAGUAUAGGCCUUCUUAAGGGGGAGAAUGUAAGUGUGGGAAAUAUAGUAAGAUAAGUCAUGUUCAUGUAUGAAUAUAAUAUUGAGAAGGCAGAUGAAUCCCUUAUUAUACAUAAGCAAAUAGAUUGAGAA